GGGGGGUGGGGGGUUUAGUCCUGCUGUUGCUCAUCCCUCGUCUCUCUUAAUUUUCUAUUCAGCCGCUAAAGGAGAAUCUCUCUCUUUCCCUUUCCCUUUCCCUUUCUAAGCCUGGGCCCCCGUGCUCGGAGCCCGUCGAGGUCCGAGAUUCGAAGCAGCCAAUCGGUUCUAGGGUUCCCAUAAUAAAGAAAUCGCCGUUUUUUUCUCUUCUCGAUCCGGUGCCAUUUCGCAGGCGAAAGCAUGGGCUGCAAGACUUGAUCUUUGGUCCAUCGAUCAGCCGGUAUUGGGUCUCCUCGACGGUUCCUUUUAUUAGUAAAAAGGUGCUUCAUCCUUUGGUGCCAAGAUGAGGGGAGCUGUUCUUGUUGCGGUAGCUGCUUCGAUUGGGAACUUGUUGCAGGGAUGGGAUAAUGCCACCAUAGCAGGAGCUGUUCUGUACAUCAAAAAGGAAUUUAAAUUGGAGACCCAGCCAACUAUGGAGGGGUUAAUAGUAGCCAUGUCACUUAUUGGUGCUACUAUCAUCACGACAUUUUCUGGAGCAGUAUCAGACAUGGUUGGUAGGCGACCCAUGCUAAUUAUUUCGUCAGUCUUAUAUUUCGUCAGUGGUUUGGUGAUGUUAUGGUCUCCCAAUGUCUAUGUCUUGCUCUUGGCAAGGCUUAUUGAUGGAUUUGGAAUAGGUCUUGCUGUGACGCUUGUUCCUGUAUAUAUUUCUGAGACUGCUCCGUCAGAGAUAAGGGGAUUGUUGAAUACACUUCCGCAGUUCAGUGGCUCCGGAGGCAUGUUUCUGUCAUACUGUAUGGUUUUUGGGAUGUCACUAAUGGCAAAUCCAGACUGGCGAGUGAUGCUUGGUGUUCUCUUUGUUCCUUCCCUCCUAUAUUUCUUACUGACAAUGUUCUAUAUGCCGGAGUCUCCAAGGUGGCUCGUAAGCAAAGGGAGAAUGCUGGAAGCAAAAUUGGUUUUGCAAAAAUUACGUGGAAGGGAAGAUGUUUCAGGAGAAAUGGCCCUUCUUGUUGAGGGCUUGGGAGUAGGUGGCGAGACAUCCAUUGAGGAGUACAUAAUUGGCCCUGCUAGUGAGCUUGAUGACCAGGGAGCAAUUGCUGACAAGGAACAGAUCACGUUGUACGGGCCAGAAGAGGGUGUUGCCCUGGUUGCUCGGCCCGUAAAGGGGCAAAGCAUCCUUGGAAGUGCUUUCAGUCUUUUAUCUCGCCGUGGUAGUAUGGAAAUACAGAGUAACAUACCACUGAUGGAUCCUCUGGUGACCCUAUUUGGAAGUGUCCAUGAGAAGCCACCUGAGAUGGGCAGCAUGCGAAGCACACUGUUUCCUAAUUUUGGAAGCAUGUUUAGUGUGGCUGAGCAGCAACCUAAGAAUGAGCAGUGGGAUGAGGAAAAUCUUCAACAGGAGAGUGAAGAUUAUGCAUCUGAUGCUGGAGGAGAUGAGUCUGAUGACAAUGUACACAGUCCAUUACUUUCUCGUCAAACAACAGCCAUGGAAGUGAGGGACGGUGUCCCACCAAGUGACAGUGUUUUCAGGCAAACUAGUAGUCUGACCCACAUAAAUGCUGGAGAGGCAGUCAGUAGCAUGGGUAUUGGUGGGGGAUGGCAGCUGGCUUGGAAAUGGUCAGAGGAAGAAAUUCAAGAUGGGAAGAAGGACAGAGGGUUCAAAAGAAUCUAUCUACACCAGGAGGGUGUCCCUGGGUCACGGAGAGGUUCUCUUGUUUCGCUUCCAGGAGGUGAAGCCCAUGAAGGCAGUGCAUUUGUCCAGGCUGCAGCAUUGGUGAGUCAGCCUGCUCUUUAUUCUAAGGAGCUCAUGGACCAGCAUCCAAUUGGCCCAGCAAUGGUUCAUCCAUCAGAAACAGCUGCUAAAGGGCCAAGGUGGUCAGAUCUUUUUGAAGCAGGAGUAAGACAUGCCUUGUUUGUUGGAAUUGGGAUCCAGAUCCUUCAGCAGUUUGCAGGCAUAAAUGGGGUGCUCUACUACACUCCUCAGAUUCUUGAGCAAGCUGGUGUUGAAGUCCUGCUUUCAAAUAUCGGCAUCAGUUCAGAUUCAGCAUCUCUCCUUAUUAGUGCUCUCACAACAUUGUUAAUGCUUCCCAGUAUUGGCAUUGCCAUGAGGCUUAUGGAUAUGUCAGGGAGAAGGUUCCUUUUGCUGUUCACAAUCCCCAUCUUAAUAGCAUCACUGAUUGUUUUGGUUGUUGCCAACCUCGUAGAACUGGGCAAUGUGGUUCAUGCAGUGCUUUCCACUGUCAGCGUUAUUGUUUACUUCUGCUGCUUUGUCAUGGGAUUUGGACCAGUCCCAAAUAUACUUUGCGCAGAGAUCUUCCCGACUCGGGUCCGUGGUGUGUGCAUAGCUAUCUGUGCACUUACUUUCUGGAUAGGAGACAUUAUAGUCACCUACACCCUACCUGUGAUGCUUGACACCAUUGGCCUUGCUGGCGUGUUUGGGAUUUAUGCAAUAGUUUGCGUCAUAGCUUUUGUGUUUGUGUUCCUAAAGGUUCCCGAAACAAAGGGCAUGCCUCUUGAAGUUAUCACAGAGUUCUUCGCUGUUGGGGCGAAACAAGCUGCUGCACGAAAUUGAUUGCACUCAGCUAUUAUUAUCACAAAGGUAUCAUCAGACAUCCUGGCCAUUUCUUGCAUACCUCUAAAGAUGAAAUUACUGUGUGUGAGCAUUUAGAGUGAGACUACAGAUGAGAAACCAAAAGAGAUGCACAUUUAAGCAACCCAAGGUACUUGAUCUAGUAUUUGGUGUUCGAUCUGGUAAUGAUAAGAGUCGACGUUUGGAGUUCAUCUACCUUCCUUUCAAUGGCAUUAUCUUCUUCUUCCUUGUAAUAUUUUCUUAUGUAAGAAUGUUUUUUUUCGUGGAUUUCUUCUACGACUAGGAACUGAUGCAACCAGUAAAACUUUCUGUGAAUUUGAAGCUAAUAAUUGUGUGCA